AUGGCGACGAAAACAUUGAGCAAGCUGUCUUUGACAAGCUAUAGCCUAUACAAUGCCGCUUCUGAUUCCAUUGCAAAUUGGUCGCGCGGGUUCAUUCUGACGGCCCUUAAGCGGAUUACCAUUGGUGAAAUCGUCAUAAAGGAUAUUCCUGCAAAUGAAACAUUGCAGUUUGGUAAGCCAGGAAAACUAUCAACAACUCUUACUGUCAAUAGCAGUGCAAUGUGGUGGAGGGUGCUUAGUCGUGGUUCUCUUGGAUUUUCUGAAGCAUACAUGCUGGGCGAAGUGGACUGUGAUGAUAUGACUAGUUUUCUUGAAAUCAUGGUGUACAAUCGAAAUGACACCGCCGACAUGAAAACUUUGCUAUCAUAUUUGACUUCGUCUAUGGUAGGAUGGGCUAGAGCGUCAAAUAAGCCGCUAACGUCGCUGUCAAAUGUACAAGCGCAUUAUGAUCUUUCGAACGACAUGUUCGCCGCCUUUCUAUCGCCGGAUAUGACCUACUCAUGUCCAAAGUGGUUACCCGCAGAUAAUGCGGAGAGUAAGACCGACAAUCUGGAGAAGGCACAAAUAAGAAAGUUACAAGAAAUCAUCCAACAAGCCAGAAUCAAAAGGGAAGACCAUGUCCUUGAAAUAGGCACCGGGUGGGGGAGUUUUGCCAUUGAGGCAGUACGGUCCACUGGAUGCCGCGUAACAACCCUGACGCUGUCAAUUGAACAGAAACAAGAAGCAGAAACAAGAAUAGCUGCCGCCGGAUUCGAAAAGAACAUUACGGUCCUUUUGAAAGACUACCGUGAAUUGCCGAAGCAAGGUCUGCUGUUCGACAAGGUCGUCUCCAUUGAGAUGCUGGAACAUGUGGGGAAAGCACAUCUUGCUGGCUACUUUGGCACGGUAAAUGAGCUGCUGAAGAAAGAGGGAGGCAUUGCCGUAUUCCAGUCUAGUACGAUGCCAGAGACGCGGUACACAUCUUAUGAUAAGGGCAACGAUUUCAUUCGACAAUAUAUAUUUCCCGGCGCACAUCUCCCCACGGCGACACAAAUGGUGGAAGCGGCGCACCAAGGAUCGGGUGGAUCUCUGAUACCGGACCGCUUAAUUAACCUGGGUGGGCAUUAUAGCCGAUGCCUUCGGGGUUGGCGUGAAAACUUCGCCGACAACUUCGAAUCCCACAUCAUGCCGGCCCUGAUGGAGCGCAACGGAGGUAUAACUAAAUCAGAUAUCGAGAUAUUCAGGAAAAAGUGGAUGUUUUACUUUUACUUUUGCGAGGCUGGGUUCAAGACCAAAACACUGGGAGUUACCAUGAUUACUUUUGUGAGAGAGGGUUCGGUAGACACGUUGGAAGGGCUCGUGCAGUAG